AUGCCGCCCGUGGGGGAAAAUGGGAUCCUGUACGACGUGGUCGAGUCCAUCUAUACACCUGGCCUUAAUGGGGGCGUUGUCAUCGUGCUGGCGGCCAUCUUGCUGGUUCUUUUCAUGGUCAAUGUCUUCCUUCUGGUGGUUGUCGGUCCAAACAUCCAUGUGAUUGUGCUCCUCUGCCUGACUGUCAUCCUGUCGGGCCUCAUGAUCUGGGUCAUCCCACAAAUUACCGAGGCGCAAAACAAUGCCAAGAAGGAGCAGACGGGUUCGGAGGCUGAGAGCAGUGAUAAACCAUCCGAGGAUACGACAGAGAGCAAAAAGGACAACUAA